AUGGACAACCAUAACAAAAAUAAGUGUUUUUCGAUUUUUAACUUUUCAACUAAAAAGUCUAAUAAAGAUUCUAAUGUAAACGAUGAACAACCAGAACAAGUACACAACGACGAUUAUCUGCUUGCUAGUAGCAGUAGUACUAGUAUACCACAUGUUAUUGCACCCGAUGUGUCAUCAUCACCACAUGUAAGUGUUACUACUGUUAGUACUGUAACUGUGUCGCACCAUUUGAAUUCAAACUCAGAAUGCGAUCUUGGAACCUUGGAAACGGGCCCUGUUCAACCAAUACUAAAAGCUUAUCCUAAAACCAAAUUUGGUGCGCAAAACCGAUCCUUUUCUUCGGCUUACUAUAAAGAAUUUAACUGGCUAGAAUACAGUAUCAAGUUAAAUGCCUGCUUUUGCUAUGCUUGCCGUUUAUUUGCAGUAGAUUCUGGUCAUAUUGAAGACACAUUUAAGACUGCUGGUUUUAGUAAUUGGAAAAAAUUGGCUGGUUCAAGAGAUGGAAAACAAAAAAAAACUAAGUUGCAAUUACACUCUCAAAGUGAACAUCACUUAACAGCAAUGGUUAAAUGGGAAUGUUACAUAAAUUUUAAAAAACCAGGGACAAUUUCAGUGAUUUCACAGCUGUCAGCAGCUAGCAAAGAACAAAUAUUGAAAAACCAGGAAUAUAUUAAAUGUCUAUGUGAUAUAGUAUUAUACCAUGGCCGUCAAGGAAUUGCAUUACGAGCGCAUCGAGAAGAUGAAAAUUCAUUAAAUAAAGGAAAUUUUAAAGAAAUGUGUUCCCUUUUUGCAAGAUACAAUUCUGAUUUUGCUAAAAUAUAUAAUGCUGAAAAAAAAAACUACACUAGUUGGGCAAUACAAAAUGAGAUUAUAACUAUUUGCGCAACAUACUUAAAAGAAAUUAUCAUUAAGGAAAUACGAGAAUCAGGAAUGUUUAGCAUACAAUGUGAUGAAGCUCGGUGUCAUAAGCAAGAGCAACUAGCUAUUUGCAUUAGGUAUUGUAAAAAUUUAGACGUUUGUGAAAGAUUUAUUGAGUUCUAUGAUGUCUCAGAAAAUCAAAAUGCUGAUUCCUUGGUUGCUGUUUUGAUAAAUUUCAUAAAUUCUUCAAAUUUAAGUAACGUCCCCAUUAUUGGACAAUCCUAUGACGGGGCUGCCGUCAUGUCAGGAUCAGUUGGAGGUGUGCAAUCUAAACUUAGACAAUCCCAUCCCUCAGCAUCACAAGCGGUUUAUGUCCAUUGCAUGGCUCAUAAGCUUAACCUAGUCGUUGUUGAUAUGUGCAAGCAUUUAAAAGAUGCUAGGAAUGUAUUUAAUGGAUUAGAAGCUUUAUAUGUACACUUUUCUAAACCAGCCAAAGACCACAAAUUGUCAACAAUUCAAAAUAAACUUGGUUUAAAAAUGACUAAACUAGAAAAACUAAGCGAUACCAGAUGGGUUUGUAGGUAUAAAAGCUGUAAUGCUCUUAUACAAAAUUAUGUUUCUGUUUUAAUGGCUUUGGAUAAUGAAAUAGUUGAACAGAAAUCAAAAGAUGUGGCACAAGCAAUUGGUGUCCGUGCAACUAUUAGUAAUUUUAAAUUUAUAUUAUAUUUAUUUAUAUUACAUGAAGUUCUUCAGUCUAUAAAUAUUUUGAGUACUCAGCUUCAAUUAAAGGGAACAACUCUGGGCCAAUCAGGAAAUUUAGUUAAAGGAGUAAUUUUAACGCUUGAAAAUAAUCGAAAUAGUGAACACUUUUCUGAGCUUUGGGAUAAUAUCAAAAAAUUUUGUUUGGAACAUAAUAUUUCAAUUAAUAUGCCAGAGCAAGGAUUAAAAAGACUUAGAAAAGAACCUACCUACUUAAGCGUAUAUGAUGUAACUGUUUCAACUGCAGCCGACCAACCCAACAGACCAAUAACUGUUUAA